GGGGGCGGGAAGGGGCAGCGGGGGCGCUCCCGGCGCCGCGGUUUCCCGCCGGAGCGGCACGGCGGUCGCUCCUUCCGGUGUCCUUCCCGGCGGGGGCGGCGGCGGGGCGGCCAUGGCGCAGAACCUGAAGGACCUGGCGGGGCGGCUGCCGACCGGGCCCCGCGGCGUCGGCACCGCGCUGAAGCUGCUGCUGGGCGCCGGUGCCCUGGCCUACGGCGUGCGAGAGUCCGUCUUCAUUGUGGAGGGCGGCCAGCGCGCCAUCUUCUUCAACCGCAUCGGCGGCGUGCAGCAGGACACCAUCCUGGCCGAGGGGCUGCACUUCAGGAUCCCCUGGUUCCAGUAUCCCAUCAUCUACGACAUCCGAGCGCGGCCGCGGAAAAUCUCCUCCCCCACUGGUUCCAAAGACCUGCAGAUGGUGAACAUCUCGCUGCGGGUGCUGACGCGGCCCAACGCGGCCGAGCUGCCCAGCAUGUACCAGCGCCUGGGGCUGGACUACGAGGAGCGAGUGCUGCCCUCCAUCGUCAACGAGGUGCUCAAGAGCGUCGUGGCCAAGUUCAACGCCUCGCAGCUCAUCACGCAGAGGGCCCAGGUGUCUCUGCUCAUUAGGCGAGAGCUGACAGAGAGAGCCAAGGAUUUCAGCCUCAUCCUGGAUGAUGUGGCUAUCACAGAGCUCAGUUUCAGUCGUGAAUACACAGCUGCUGUGGAGGCUAAGCAAGUGGCCCAGCAGGAGGCACAGCGUGCCCAGUUCCUGGUGGAGAAGGCCAAGCAGGAGCAGAAGCAGAAGAUAGUUCAGGCCGAGGGGGAAGCAACAGCUGCCAAGAUGCUCGGGGAAGCUCUCAGCAGGAAUCCAGGCUACAUCAAGCUACGUAAGAUCCGAGCUGCUCAAAACAUCUCAAAAACGAUUGCUGCCUCACAAAACCGUGUGUAUCUCACAGCAGAUAACUUGGUACUGAACCUGCAGGAUGAGGCCUUCACCAGAGGAAGUGACAGUCUCCUACUCAAAGGGAAGAAAUGAAAGAAGCUGAAGAUUCCUAGAACCAGCGUCGCUGACCAGCAGAAGAUAAGAGUGAGGAUCUUUGAACUCCCUCUACUAGUAUUGUUUGGCCUCACUAUGAAGUUUUUAAUCCAGUAGCCAGAUUUUGUCCCCAUGCCUCUGCUCCAUCUGUGGUGAUUCAGUUACAGGAAUGGGCUCUGCCUCUAGGCAGCUGUAAUUCCUUCCUCAUCCCACCAGUUAAAUUUGGAGAGGGGGCAAAGGGACUUACUGGUAUUAACCCACGUGGAUAUUUGCCUUUAAUCUUCAUUAAUAUUUAGAUUUGUGUAGAAUAUCAAAUUAUUUUUUGGCCAAGUGAGGGAGUUCUUCUGCCAUCAGCACCAGGCUUUUUUUCUAGUAAAUUUUGUUUCUCUUUCACUCUUGAUCCCAAGAGAACCUGGGACUGAAUUCAGGACAAUACCAUUCAUUGGGUGCCUGUCACUGCUGGAAUAUCUUACUUGUGUCACUGUCUGCUCAGUGAUGCUUUCAGAUAUUUGUAAAAAUUAAAAAAAAAAACCAAAACCGAAACCAGAAACCCAACCAUA